AUGUUAUUAGAAAAAGUUUCAAUAGGUUGUGAGAGUGAUAGGAUUGAUAAUAAUGGAGUACAUGGUGCAAAAGACUCUGUCCCUGCCACACGCCUGUCCGACAUUACUCAUUUUAGCCCCAUGUUCUACUUCACUGUUGGAAGACGUCCAACUCUGGUUUUCAUUCCCUUUUUCUUCAUCUACCUGGUGGCCAUCUCAGGAAACUGUUUCACUCUGACAAUUACUAAGACCAACCCUAGUCUUCAUAUGCCCAUGUACAAUCUGCUAUCCUUGCUGGCCCUCACUGACCUGGGACUUUCAGUGUCCACCCUGCCCACCACUAUGGGAAUCUUUUGGUUCAACUACCACAGUUUCCACUUCAAAGCUUGCCAAAUCCAGAUGUUCUCCAUCCACUCAUUAUCCUUUAUGGAAUCCACAGUGCUCCUUGUCACAUCCUUUGACCGCUUUGUGGCCAUCUGCCACCCCUUGAGGUAUUCAGUCAUUAUCACUAGCCAGGGAGUGAUAAAGGCAGGCCUGUGUGUCAUUCUUUGAGGACCUGUGGCCUUUCUCCCUCCUGUCCUCCUCCUGAAGGCUUGUCCCUGCUGUGAUCCACUAGUCUUCUCCCACUCGUUUUGCCUACACCAGGAGGUGGUAUGCCUGGCCUGCAUAGCCACCACCUUCAACAAGCUCUGCGCACUGAUACUGGGAGUGUUCACUGUCAUGGUUGAUGUGCUGGUCAUUGCGCUGUCCCAUGCAUUCAUCCUGCACACAGUGACAGGAGUAGGCUCCCAGCAGGAGCACUUCCUAACCUUACAAACAUGCACCUCAUAUCUUUGAGCUCUGCUAGUAUUCUUUGUGCCCAUGAUGGGGCUGUCCCUAGUGCGUUGCUUCUGGUAAGAUGCCCCACCUGCUGCCCACUUUCUUAUAGCCAACAUCUAUCUUUUCCUACCUCCCAUGCUUAACCCAAUCAUAUAUAGUAUUAAGUCCAAGGAGAUCUGGUGUGCCACCAUCAAGCUCCUGGGGAUUAGAAAGGCCAGUGGUGAAGGCUGGGACUAA